ACAGAAAUACAUGUUUAUCACACUACUACACCUUCAAAAUGUUUUGCUUGAACUUGACUCGGUAGCGUCUUCGCUAUCAAUUGCGGGUUGUUCGUUUAUGAGUGCGUCAGAAAAAUAAAAUUGCAAUUUCAGAAUGAUUUUUGACAUUUAAAGUGGAAUGGAGGCUCUACUACCCUCGGAGAUAGCAAGAUUAGUCUUCGGAUAUCUCGAAGACCAGAAAUGUGCCGAAGCUGCCAGAUCAUUUCUGGAAGCAUCUCCACAUCUCCAAGAGUGUCGUACAGCUGUAUUGAGUGGACGACGUUUCAAUACUCGUGUUAAUGGAUACACACUUAUUGAUAUUUUUGAUAAAUUUUUUGCUGCUCACGCAUUGGUGCAGGAAAGGUUGGGCAAAGUUGCAGACUGUGAGCAAGUCAGGCAGUGUGGAGAUUUGUUGGAACAGCUUAGAUUUUUGAUUGGUGGAUCUCGAGGACAGCGUUUUGUUGUUAACAUCAAUGUCCCAUCACAAGCAAAUUCUCAAACUUAUGGAGGCUCUCCACAGAUAACAAGUAGUAAUCGUAAAAGGCAUCAUAGUAGUGGUAGCGAUCGUGAUCGUACAAAACGGACUCCAAAAUCGCUACAUCAGUUAUUCGAAAAGCACCCUGAGCCAGUGUCCAGUCAACUAGGAUGUGAUACGGUAGAAGCUACACCCCUGGAAAGCUUACCUGGUCAUACAAAUUUUAAUAUAUCAAGUUUACAUGAGCCCAGUGCCAACCAAAAUAUUGAGGGUGUUCACUGUACUUCAACCAAAAAUGAUCCCUGUGAUGGCCAGUCAUUGGGUGAUCUGCAGUCACAACAUACAUGUGACAACUCUGAGUUCUCUACUGGAGUAUCUCAGAAAGAAAUGGAACAGGAUAAUUCAAGUGGAAAAUUGGAGCAGAGUAGCCCAGUCUCUGUAUUUGCCAAAGGAAAAAUCGGUGAAAAUUGUGUCAUCGAGGAACAGAAGGAAAAUCCCAUGCGUAAAGCAAAAACGAUGGCUACUAGUACUGAUGAAUUAACUACUUACUCUAGCAUAGAAGUACAGACGACUCCAUAUGCACUUUCUGAAUCAGAAUCCAAUGAGCUGGAGGAUGAGCACAUUGAAAAUUUGAGCUUACUGACCAAAGAACUGCUUAAUCGGACGGAAUUGCAAGAGAGAAUAGCUGAGAAUAUAAACAAAGCUAUACUUCCCAUAGAAAUGCCUUCUAAAGAUGAAAGUAUUAAUGAAUCUUUGGGUGGCGAGUUGAAUACCUCAAUUAUGGUAGAGCUGAACAAUGCAAUAAAAUCUAUAGUUGCUGCUACAGAAACAGAUCCAAUUUUCGAACAUUUUUUGGAUGAGAUCAUAGGACCAAACUUAGACACCGAUACCAGCCCAGAUGAAGAUCCUGAUAUCAGAGUUACAUCAGAAGCAGUUACUAAUUCUCGGAUACAAGAAAAACCAUCAAAUACGACUGUAGUUGACAUGGACCUGGAAGAAGAAACUGCAGUCAUAUCUGGCAAGUGUCAAGUUGAUUCUAGUGCUGCGAUUGAAGUACCCCUAAAGCAGCGAUUACGCAGUUCAUCUAGGCAGCAAAACAACAAACUUGAGGAUGAUGGAGAUAAGCCAAAAGAUGUAGAAAAAACUGAUAGUUCCCUUGAUGACCAUAAUGCCGCCGCCAUAUUGAGUAUCAUCAACGCUAAUAUCGUCAGCGAUAAACAAAUGUUGGAAAAAAGUACCACGAUCGAUUGUAGUGAUGGAGGAAAACUCCCAACAGUUGUCGAAUCUACGGAAUCGGUGAAUCCUCCAAUAACUUCGUCUGAAAAACAAGUUGCCGAUAGCACGGAAAUAGUUGAAAAUGAUGGCGUAAAUUGUCAAAAUGCAGGAGGGUCUGUACCACAAAUGCAUCAGCAGGAUCUCAUUAGUGAACAAGAAAUGAUGGCAAUGCCUACAUUAAUCGUCUGUUCUCAAGAAGAAAUCAGAGAAUGUGUAGAUACUUUGUAUCCAGUUGCGACAGCUGGGUCUUGUUCCGAAGCUCGUUUUAUCCCCAUUGCCCCCAAAGGUUCGGCAGUACCAAGUGCGGUAGUACCAUUAUAUCUCAAAGCUGUACAAGUCCCACAAAUUGAAAAGACUAUUGCAAAACCCAUCAAUAACAAAGUCCAACAUAGUGAAAAAAUUGAACUUCCAUCUCCACUUGAGAUGUCUGAUACUAAUAGAAAACGUAGUUGCAAGAUAAACCGACAAAAUAAAAAUCUGAAGGCUGCUAUCAUGCCAAAAAAUCCUGGUACAGAUGUCGAGUGUAGUACUUUGACAGGUUUAAAUAAAGAACAAUCUAGUGUUACAGAGUUGGAAUCCAUAACGCUCUACGCAAAUGACAACAGUUUUGGGACAAUGAUUGAGACUGGGAAUAUGCCCACUAUAAAUUUAGACGAUUCCAUGACCCUAACAGGUACUGGUUUGUCUCCUUAUUUGAAACUUCACGGGACUAAAAAUCUGGGUCCAGAAUUGGAGUUACCUUGCGAAGCGCCAGCCAACCAGUUACCUGUGGAAGAAGUAUUGGAGCCUUCUGCCAAAGCAGAUGAAUCGAUUCUCUUACCUCAUACUGAAAAUAUUUUGAUCACAAGAAGAACACCAAAAUCACUACUGAAAAGUCGAGCUAAAAAUAAUAGAUUAAGCAUGUCAACUCCUCGACGACGGAAUAGUCAUAUAAGAGCUUUGGAUUUUAACACGCCGAUGAAAUCGUCAAAUUCCGAGCAAAAAGCAGGGGACAAAAAUGCCGUCCAAUUUUCGCCAAAAUCAACUCAGCGAAUGAGAUCUGUCUGCAGAACAAGUCUUUUCAAAUCACCACCUUUUUCAAACUCUACAAGUACGUCACUGACAGGUAAAACUCCAGUAAAAGAUCAUACGCUAUCCAAGGUACCAAUUGCCACUAGAAGCCCUGCUCCAAAACUCAUGGGCGGAUGGGAUAAAUACACAGGAGUUGGUAUGAUCCUUGGUGGCACAUCUCCACAUCCUAGUUCUGCAUCUUCAGUAUUUGGUGAUGAUGAGCUAAAUCCUCCCAUCAAACCAGCCGUUAGGAUAAAAAAAAGUUGGGAUGCUGAUUUAAGACAAGCAUUACAGGAUUAUCAAGAACCUACGAGUUCAACAUCCGUGACUAAAAAGGGACAGGGAAAAGGAAAAGGUAAACCUGCAAAGAAUGGUGGAAAAGUUAACGAAAGGAAGCUUCGAAAAUCUGAGAGUAGUGAAAGUGAAAGUACCAUCCCAAAGAGGGGGUUUGGAAAAGUCAUAGAACAGAAUUUUACGGAUACUAAUAGAGUAAAUAAGAAAAUUACUGAUAAAAUUCUUGGAGAAAAAAAGCUUGCAGCAUCAGUGAAAGAGGUACAAUGCCCUCUUGUAACUCACAAUGUGGGAACAAAGAAAGAUCCAAAUCUUCAAGUGACUGAUAUAAACAUACAGAGUAGUAUCCUAACAACCAGUGAGAGUGCGAGAAAAAUCAGAGAUGGACCAAUUUCUAAAAUUGCUCCUGCUAAUCAAACAAAAGCAAAGGCAGUGGUUAAGAAGUAUGCUAAGCUGAAAACUUUAGAAACAUCGAUUAGAAAAGGUAAAACAAAAGAAAUAAUCGACGGCACAGUUAUGCACUCAACUAACUCCAGCCAAAGAAAAUUUGAGCAUCUGAAAAUUUCGCCAGAAACUCGUAAUCAACUACCUCAUAUGUCGCAAAUGAUUGAUCCGGAAACACCCAGGAAAAGUGACAACUCUAUCAGCGUUCCGCCUACUCCUAGAUUGCUUAGCCCAACCAGCAGCACCAUUACUCCAUUUACUAAAAUUACUGGAGGGUUGAGCAAAAUUCCAAGUUUUGUUAGUACACCUGAGUUUCCUCCCACUCCUAGUAUAGCUUUGUCACCAAUGGUAAUGCAAGAAAAUACGAUUGACGAAAUUAAAAAGGGAAAUUAUGGAACUUGUUCACCUUACUAUCAACCUAGCAAUGAGCAACCAGAUGUUUUGAAAAAAAUUAACAGUGGUUUGUGUGCAAAGAAAACUGCAGAAGUUUCAGCUGUGAUGCCUCUCUCAAAGGAUGAUGCUGACACUGUUAAUGUACCAAAUCCUGUACCUGGUGAUUUUACCAUCAAUGCAUCUAACAGUAAAUUAGAAAUAACACAAUUUGAAGUAAUCAAAGAAAAUUUACCAAAGGCUGAAGCAAGAAAAGAACUGAAGAUUUCUGCAGGUGCUGAAAAUGUUGACAAAGAUCCACCGCGAAAAAUAAAUAGGAAUGAUGUACAGAGACCCAAUGUAGAGAAAAAAUCAGAAGCUGAUAGAAAUUCUAGCUUUGCUAGUGAAAAUGAGUCGAGUAACUCAUCUUCUUCCGAUUCAAGUUCCUCGUCUUCGUCAUCUUCAUCAUGGUGCAGCUGUUCAAGUAUUGCAACUACUUCUACACCAUUCAAAUAUGCGACCAAAUGCAAAACAAAAUCUGGUCUGCACAAGGAGACAAGCAAUGACAGUGAUUCAAAAAGGGUACCUAUUACAACCAAUGAUUACGAUCCUUUGAAAGAUAUUUCUCCUAUAGCAACUCAUGGUGCUCACAUUUUACCUACAAUCGAAGAGGUUGUUGAAAUACCAACCACCUCAUCAUACCCAGGAGGGGAAGAAUCACCUGUGAAAUUAUUACCAUUAAUCAAAACUCAGGAAGAAGUUGAUACUGGUACGCAUGAAACACCAGCCAAAGAUGAAGCAUUGCUCUCUGAAGCUAAUAUUUCGGAGACUCCGAGUAGUUCUAAAUGUGGCAUGGAGAAUUUAACUAAUUUGCAUUCAAAGAUAUCUGCUUUGGAUGGACCUAAAAGGGAUCAAGAUAGUCUGAGACAGAACAACACUCUAACUAAUAAAACCCAUGUGGCUUCUACAAAAACCAAAGUGAAAAUUUUAAGUGUCCAACACGUUUUAGCAGAUGUUUCAGCAACACUUAAGCCAACUUUGGUAUCAGAUAUGACAAACACUAUAUCGCAAUCUUCUAAUAAUUUGCCAAUUUUGUCAUCUGUUCCUCUGGAUGCAAAACUUGGUAUGCAAUUGGAAGAAAAACGCUUACGUCUCUUGGCUAAGUUAAAGACAAAACCCCAGAAUAAAGGAUCCCUGCAGAAAGUUAAACAUGUGAAAUCAACUACCAAGAAAACGCACAAAACUGAAUUGGAACCAUCCAAACCAUUUGAUGAUGAGCGGAAAGAUGAAGCUGGUAAACCAGCACCGUAUAAUUCAUCAACAAAGACGGCAAUACAAGUCACAGAAGAAUAUAAAACUGAUGUAAAGGACACCGUGAAAAAAACUAAGCCAAAGGGGGGAAAUCCUACCAAUGCAAAAUCACGAGCUGUAGAGUCUGACAAUAAGCCACAUUUAUCAAAGGUGGCUUCUGAAAAUGAAAAACAGGAUAAAUGUGGUACAACCCAUGGUGAUGUUGAGAAAUCGUCAGCUAUCGAUAAAUCAAAGGGUUCUAGAUUGAAGAAGAAAAGUAAUACUGAAUCAUCAACGAAAAAUGAAUCUUCAAAGGCUAAUGAUCCGGUACUAAUACAGAAAAAACAGGAGCAUCAAUGUAUUGCUGAGGCAUCUGAUUUAAAUAACCCAUCCCCAGAAAGCAGACUUUUGAUUGAUAAGAACGAACUUGUGACUGCACAAUUAGCAGACACUAUGAAAUCUGCUGAACCAUCAUCUAAGGCCACCUCUGAAAUCACAGAAUCUACAUAUUCAGUAGACCUUUCAUUGAGGGUAGUACAAGAGCCAGAUAAAUUACAUCCAAAGGAAUCUACUGAUCGAGAACCUGUGGCUGGAAAUGAAUUUCUCGAAUCAACACUGAGUCGCAACAAAGAUGAACGGUGCGGUGAGGCUAACGUUGCAAAUCCUAUGAAGAAAAGCCAGGUAGUUUCGACACUCAAAAUUGAUCAAAUUAAACGGGAUCUUUUUAGUGAUGAAGAUAAUAGUGAUCAGAGAACCACGCGGUCGAGAACACGUCAAUUAUCGGAUGCUCAAAAAAAUGAUCCUGGAAUGGUAUCUGUGUUGACUGGUCAAUCUGGAGGUGAAAUUACUGAAGCUCCAACUUCCAGAAAACCAAAAGAAGAAUUAGCGACUGUUUUGGAAUGUUUGCAGUUGGUUCCAGCUAAUAAAACUGAGGUUACAGAAAAAGCAAGCAGCAGCUCAAUCUCGAGUAUUAAUAAACUUGUCUUCUAUGAUGUCAUUUAUGAUGAUACGGUACAGAUUAGAAAAAAGAGGAAGAGAUUCAGUAAAAGUAGUCUAGAAUAUGAAAUCCGUUUUGAACUUCCCGACGAAGAUUCGACAGAAUGUCCAAGAUUAAUGACACCAACGGAUUACGAAGAAAUAUACAGUUUGUCUCCAACACCAAAAAAAAGGAAAGUUACUAAAAAGCUGCGUAUCAAAAGUGUCAAGCCCACGAAGGUAGAUACCUCAAAAUCACAAGGUAGUGUUAGAAAAAUAUUGAAGAAUGAACUCACAAAAUCGUUAGCUACUUUGUCUUCCGCAAAACUAAAAACUUCUAUACCUAAAACGAAUAAAAGUACGACGAAGGUGCAGCCUAAGCAGACUGAUGAAGAUGACCAAACGCUACCCAAAAGUGGCACCCAAGUAUCAAAGAAGAGAAGAAUGACCAAUUCGGAAGAACAAUCGGUACGUUGCCAAAUUUCUCAAAAUUACAAAACAAGGCUAACAAGCUGCAUAAAUCGUUACUUUCGUAAUAUGUUGAUGUUCUUUGAUGUUCAUGCAAUAUGUAUGACUUCGCAGGGGAAGAGGAAGCGACGUAUUGCGGAUCCACAAACUCUAUUGAACAAGUUAGAUUUGGAUCUUUUUCUUACCACUGUUCACGGACCUGUUGAACAUUAGUAAGUUUGUGUGAUAUACUUGUACCAAGUACAUAAUAUUAUCGAGGCGUGUAAAUAUUAUACUAGUACCACAGGGAUGCUGGGCAUUGUUAUUUAAUUUUAAUCACAAUAUUUUUCAUCGUGAUUCGCAUUAUCCUCCAGGGGUAUACAAUUGAAGCAUAAUUGAACCUCAGAAUUAUGCAGCUUGCUACGGUACACAAAAUAAUUUACGGAACAUGUAAAAGGAUUUAUAAUUGUUCACCUCUGGAAUAUUUGAUUCACUACAUUCAUCAUAUAUGUCAACAAUUUCGCGGCCCUUCAAAAAUAUAAUACUCUUAACAAAUGGCCUCCUGUUGGUAGAUGAAAAACGAUCUUCAAUUAUACUAUUUUUACUGUAGUUUUAUUUUUUGUAAUAAAAGAAUGUUAUUGUUA